CAGAUCCGCCUACAUGGUCGACAAGAAAGACCACGAGAAAAACCAUACCUCCGCCUGCCGUCGAUUUCGGAGGAGCCUGCACGACAGGGAGGUGGAGGUGGAGAUGCAGGUCAGCCUGUUCAUGGCGCCGCCGCCUCGCGUUUCCUACUUUUGCUGCUCCGCCAACUGCACCGACAACGACCACGGUGAACAAGGAGACACCCCCCGCUUGUUCAUCCGCGAGCCUUGGAUGAUCGCCACGGAGGGUGACCUUGCCCUCUUCACUCUCUGCCACGGCCACAACCGUUCCUUCUACUCCGAAAGCAGCAACUACGACUACUUCCUCUACCAGGCAGCAGCCUCACCGGCGGGGAAGCCGGAACUCACCCGGCUCCCGCGGCCCCAACCCAACAUGCUACCAGCUUUCGGAAGUCGCUGCUUCCCUACCGGCAGUAUUGGCAUCUUGCGUUACUGCAGCAACAUCCCCACCGCCGCCCACAAAAUCCCCUUGACGCCCCCCACCCCUAUCCCCAGCCCCUCCGUCGCCCUUCCCCGCCCCCAAAGUAUCCCCUUCACGCCCCCCACUUCCGUCCUCAGCCCCUCCGUCACCUCAUAUUCUCAAGCCCGCCCCAAGGAUGAUGCCUGUGAUGCCUACAGGAUUGCGGCGCUAGCCUACGACCCUUUCCACCCCAGCCAUUCCGGAUACUACCUCUGCACCUACGACUCCAAGGACCCUCGGUGGAGACGCACGCCCGCUGCCUCUCCACAGCCACCACCGCCUGAAGACUUUGUGUCCAGCAAGGUCAUCACCAUCCGCCGCUCUGGCUCCGGCUCCUGUUCCGGCAUCAUGGGCUGGGUCGACCUCUGGAGUGGCAUGCUCCUCUGUGACGUGCUCGCUGCCGCCGCCGACACCCUCUGCAUCCCGCUUCACUAUCUCACCUUUCCAGAGCCGAGGCAGCUGCGAACUGAGCUCCCUCUUGCCACAGACAUUGGAUACCACUUUCGGGACAUCGCCCUAGCCAAUGACUCCGGCAUCAUCAGGUUUGUCGACCUUCAGGUCCACGCCGAACCCAGCCCGCGCUCGCAAACUCCUAGUGGCUGGACGGUGGUCACGUGGACCUUGGAGGGGCUCAAUGGCGGUCUGGAUGCCCUGUUUUUCCGGCAGGAGCACGAGAUCCAUUCUGGACAUAUCCACGGCUACAACCUGCCUCAGUCUCUCUUUGUUUCCAACCCCAUCCUCAGCUCCGACAGAGAUGGCGUCCUCUACCUCUUGACCAAUGCCAGCAGCGAAAACACCAACAACAUGCCGUCGAAGGUGAUUGCUCUUGACCUCAACCAGAAGAUGUUGCUGGACGUGCAGGAAUUCGACAGGCAAAGACCCAGCUCCUACAUGACCACUAGCAUCUCCAGCUAUCUCAUGCCAGCUGCUGCAGCUGUGGCACAAGUACUGGAUUGCUGCCUCCACCUGGGGGCAAAUUCGUUUAUCUGUCUUACUCAGUUGAUUGAUGAAUGGGGUUACGAUUUUAAGUGCUCAAGACAGUCGCAUGUAUGCAAUGUCGAUGCUUCCAUCUUAUACGAUGAUAAUGCCGGUUUUUAGUCGAGAUGAUGAGCGCAAGAUGCACUGGCUCUUCCGGGAAGGAGAUCUUGCUGAAACCAGAGAGAUGUGGUGAUUUGGGUUUGAGGAGGGACCUUUACGCCUUCAAUAUUGCCAAAAUUAUUGCACCCAGAGGCGGAAGCUUGGUGAAUUCUACAGACGCCCUAAAAUCCCUUUGUGCUAUCAAGCUCCAUUGUACAGGCGGUGGGUGCCAGAAUUUAUUGUAUAUUUUCUCUUCAAAUGAAUUAACAGAAAUACCUAAUGCACCUUCAUAUAUAGAAAAAAAAGCAGAAGAGAUGCAAUGCAAAUACGAUGAA